AGCAUCAGUGUAGAGAUUCGGGAUUUUUUCCCGGCACGCCGGCAGUCCGUCAUGGUGAUUUUGGACGUGAAGCGCUCGGAGAAGAAGAAUGAGUUCCUCUACGAGACCAGCGUCAAGACGAACAUCGGGGAGCUGUUGAAAGAGCUCUGUGAGCUUCACAAUCUGAGGCUGAAAGUGCAGCGGCUGUCGAUGGCGUGCAAGGAGCUGGCGAAGCACGGCCCACUCCGACCCGAAGAGACGCGUGGCAUCUCUGAGGAGCUGAGCAAGCACACAGAGCUUGACGUGAACGCGUAUGGAAAGCCGACGAGACCAGACGAGUCGGGGUACCGAACCGGUGUGCCGCCACCUCCCGAGGUGGCGGACGUGCUGUCCAGAACUGCGGAGGAAGCCUUCGCGGCCGUGGCCGCUGAGUUGGUGCAGCAGAAGAGGUCCUUGGACAAGAAGGUUUGCCAGACGCACAUCGACAACAUGCGUGGUGCUGUCAUGAUUGCCUAUCCAGCAUUUCAUAGAUUGCCGGUCUAUGACCCGGUGCGGCAAGAGCUGGAGGACCGGGAGGAGUUGGACGGCGCCUCGGAGCUGCAGUGCGUGCUGGAGCCUUCAGACACAAACAUCUGGUGGGCAGGCAAAGAGCUCAGGACGGAUCAGACCUUGGAGCAGUACGUGGGUAAGAAUGAGAAGACCAAGAUCGUGGCAAAGCUGGCCCCAAAGAACGCCGGCGCGCCGGUUCGGGAGCCUCGCAUCGAUGAGAACACCCACAAGGCGAUGAUGGCACAUUACUACCGGAAGCAGGAAGAACAGAAGAAGCUGCAGGAGGACGAGGACGACUCGUACCUGGACUCUGAGUGGGCCAAUCCGAAGUCCCUGAAGAGCACCCUGGUGGGCGGCGGCAAGCCAAUCUCCUGGAAAGCGAGGUGAUGUGUUCGCAGCUGAAUUCGCUUUGUGCAUGGCUUUCACAGGAUGGAACAAAGGCGCACCGUUGGUGUGUUUGCAGUUUUCAGUGGCCCUGC